AUGAGUACCACCACCCACAAGUUUGAUUUUUCACGACCGAUAGAACAAGAGGAGUUUGACGAUACUGAAUUGGAGACACCAGUCCGAUUCAAUCCCGUAAAUUUAAAACGGCAGAGCCGCCAAUCCACAAAUAGAGUAUACAGAUCGUUUCGCGCUAACAACAAUGGGACCAAAUCAAACCAGAUAAAUGAGGUAGAGCAAGUAGGAGAAAGUCAGAGGGGGGGUAAUGGCGAUGGUAGUAAUGCUGGUGAUUCUGGAUUGACUAUUAGAUCUCCCCCCAGUUUGAAAUUUGAUAAAUCAGUCUCACUUCAGAAUAAUGAACGUCAAAGAAAUCAAAGUCCAACACCAAUUACAAGACGCAAACCACCAUCGUUGGAGUUAAGCCCCGUGGACCAUUCUCCUGUUACAUUCAAAGUGACUAAACCAAGUAUAGAAAAGAGGAACAAGGACAAGAAGAAUGAGCUGGUAACAGGGACACCAGUGCUGAGGUUGAACAGCAAUAAUGACAAAGUUAAACAAUCGAUAUUGGACAGGGUGAAUACAACGUUGGAGUCAUUAAAGAAAACCCCAUCCGAAAAAACAUCAAAGAGACUGCCUGGAGGUAAUAUACUACUGCCAGUGAAUCGGAACAUCACAAACACAAACACAAACACAAGAAAUAGGCAACCAGUCAAUAAUUAUGAAGAUGAAGAACCAGAUUUUGUCCAUAUUGUUUUGCAAAACGGGUCCAGUCAAAAAGAUAUGCAAGUACCCUCUUUAAUGAAUCAAGAGCCUGGUUUACCUGCUCUUGCAACCAACAGUAAUAAUAGCAACAACGUCACGAAUCGAGACAUUGAAAUACCACCGUUAAAUGAUGAGGAUACUUUAGGAAAUUCGACUCCGGCAGUUGCGAAAAACUCCCUUUAUGAAUCAAUCCUUAAUAAUAAUCAUCAUCACAAUGAUCGUCGUCAUAACCUAAACAAUGAACAAGAGGAUAAUUACGAUGUAUUUAGUCUUGGUGCUAGCAAUACUACCUGGUGGACAGCUAAACAGUGGCUGAAAUUGAUGAAGGUGGUGAAUCUGAAAUUGAUACUGCGUCAAGAUGCCAUUAAUAGUCGUUUAUUAAUGACGGAAUUGGGGUGUUUAAAUAAACAAGAUUUACAAAGACGCUAUGAUUUUUUAAAACAAUACAAGACAAAGUGA